GUUUCUUGCUUUGGGUAGCACGAAUCCACGUAGUGUAUAGUCAUACGAUUCAUCAGAGUUAUUUAACUGCAUCACUACACUCUUAUUAGGAUUUAUUUCUAGUGACCACCUGUCUAACCAUGCCACCAAUGAGCUAAGAUCGUCCUGUAAUACUAUUCUAUCCGACAUACUAUGUAUGGGUCUCCAAAUCUUUAUGUCAUCAGCGAAGAGUAGAACGGAUGAUUUUGCUACAGUUGGCAAUUCAUUUACAUAAAGUAAAAAGAGAAGAGGACCUAGGAUUGUGCCUUGGGGAACCCCACUUUUUACAGGUACCCACGAGGAGAGAGCCCCAUUAACCCUUACCCUUUGUUUCCUGUCAUGGAGAAAGUUACUUAUCCAAUCGACGACUGUAUAAUGGAUUCCAAAAAGUUUCAGCUUGAAUUUAAGACCAGAGUGGGAAACCUUAUCAAAGGCUUUACUUAGAUCUAUGAAAAUUACAUCCACGGGAGCAUUCCGAUCCUUUGCCGCAGCCCACUCUUCUCGUGCAAUGAGAAGAUUUGUCAAGCAAGACAGGCCUUUCCGAAAACCAUGUUGUGCCCUGGAGAAAAGAUUUUGCCCUUCAACAUAGUUUACAACAGCUAUCCGAAUGAUUUUCUCCAUCAGUUUCACAACUGCACUAGUUAAGCUAACGGGUCUAUAGUUACUAACUAAAUCCCUACUCCCAGCCUUAUACACCGGACUUAUUAUGGAGUCUUUCCAGUCUCUAAAAAUUUAUACUCCGUGCAAGGACGGAGUUGGAAAAAAUGAGUUAAGACUCAUUGUAUUGUGCCUCCCCCAUGGAAAUCUUUAGUAAAAGGCGAAAGAUUUAUCCGCAAAUGAGGAGACAUCCAUUGACAUAACCCCUAGGGUUUCCUAUGUUCGUCUUUAUUUUCAACAACAGACCGAAAUAAAACUGCAAUGCGCACUGGAAAACCGGUGUAUUUUAAAAAAUUUUUAUUUAAGAGGAAAAUCUUAUUAUUGUACAACAUUAGAGCAGAAGCUUGAGCAUCAAUCGUUUUGUAUAUCCAUUGUACUUGCCGAUUCAUUGUUAUUUGAAAAGAUUCACGAAAGAUGAAACAGGUGAUGUAUUAUUCAUAAGGCAUUUGCAUCUAAUCUAAAGUUAACUGACACUCAAACACACAUUCUCAACACUUCUAUAGUUUCCCAAGUAAGUAAUAAAGUAAGCUCUUUGACAAAAUAAUUUUUAUUGAAAUGCACAUAGAACAUCAAAAAAUUGCAUGGAUUAUUCCUUUCAGCCACAUUCGUUCGCCUAUUAAUAAUUGAAAUAGUCGUCCUGUGAACUAAUAAGUUUAAAAAACAGAAAAAGUCACAACAAUAUCUGAAUGACAUGUCUUGGCACAGCCAAAUACUUUAAGCUAAACUUACGGUUAUGUCCGUUAACACUGAUGACUGUAACUAUAGAGCCGUAAGGAAUUUUAUCACUUUAAACUAGUACAUACCUGCCCUUCUUUCCUUCUUUUACGCUUUAUCACUUUGUCUCUGACAUCGUGAAAAUAAACUUGUGUGGCUACGUCGUACAGCUUCACAAGGUCUUUUUCGUUGACAGAGGAUGAUAGAAAGCGAUUUGUUGACGCACCCGAAGUUUAAAUACUAAAUAUGAGUUACUUCGUAUGCAGCCGUAAAACCGGCAUUUCCUUAAGGAAAUGCGGUCAGAGUGAAUAAAAGGUAAAACGCACCGAAAAGUCUACUUUUUCAUCCACCGUGGGGAAAUACUUACGCCUGUCACUCCCAAUAAAACAUAGGCCGCCGACCUGCAUUUUCCAGCUCAAUCUAUUCUGGGCCUUCUUUUUGACUUCUGUCCAAUUUUCGCUCAUCCUUUUCAUGUCUACCUCCAUUUCUUGACGUAAUGUGUUCAUUGGUCUUCUCCUUCUCCCUUGACCUUUAGGAUUCUAAGUGAGGGCUUGCCUUGUGAUGCAGUUAGGUUCUUUUCUCAAAUGUGUGUCCUAUCUCCUUCCCACGCUUCUUCCGGGUUUCUUCCGCUGGGAUCUGGUUUAUUCUCCUCAACGGUAGGUUGUCGCCGAUAGUGUCUGGCCAACGGAUCCGAAGUACUUUGCGUAAACAGCUGUUAAUAUACACUUGUAUCUUCUUGAUGAUGGUUUUCGUAGUUCUCUAAGUUCUCACCCCAUACAGUAUAACUGUCUUGACAUUUGUAUUAAAAAUUCUGACCUCGGUGUUGGUUGACAAUUGUUUUGAGUUCCAGUCAACAUGGCACAAGUCCAUGAAGUCACUGACAAGUGGACUGAGCCAUAUUGGUAGGUGUAGACUAUCUGGUUGGGGACCGCGAGAUGAUAACAACCGAUGGUUAGAGACCUUGAAUGACAUGACUCGAAAUCGUUCUAUUCUACUUUACGGCUGCGAAACAUGACCAUUAAGGGUAGAGGAUACUCUUAGGUUAAUUGUUUGCGAUGGCGCAGGUACAUCCACUCUUUGUGUUCUCUCAAAUUCUAAUCUUCUGAAUUCUUCAUGUCCCUUUUUUUAUCUUCCCAAGUUUGUUUCACUGGUUUAUACUCCUUAAAUAACAUCUUUAAACCCUAAUCUUUCCGAUUACUGCUUAUACUCCUACCACCUCUACCACUACGGGAUUUGGAUCGACAACUGCAUUUCUGUGCUAAUGUGAUGUGGCAACUCGAACUGAUGUACGUACGUACGAAGUUCUACUUUGUUACUGACUGAGUUCCAGAUGUUCUUCAGUUGUAAAUAUGCUGUUCUUACUUUCCGAUCCGCGCCCUCACGUCUGUAUCAAAUCCACCGCGAUAAGAGGGCCAGACCAUCUGCGAAGUCUAAAUCGUCCAGCUGCACCCUAGAUGUCCGUUGUGUCCCAUACUUCUCCCCAGAUGUUGACGUCUUCAUGAUCCAGUCAAUCACCAGUAGAAAGAUAAAGGGUGAAAGUAAGCAAUCUUGCCUGACACCGAUCUUUACUUCGAACGAGUCCGUCAGCACGAUUUUGCAGUUUAAUCCCUCAUGGAAAUUCCGUAUAAUAUUGACUAUAUUCUCAGGCACGCCGUAGUGUAAAAAAGCCUCCAUAGUGUUGUCCUGUUCACGCUAUCAAAUGCUUUCUCAUAGUCAAUGAAGUUGAUGUAGAGUGAUGAAUUCCAUCCAUUUGAUUGCUCCACAGUGAUCCUUAGUGUUACGAUUCGGUCCGUACAAGAUCUAUCCUUAUGGAAUGCAGCCUGUUGGUCACGAAUUUAGGCGUCUCCGGAAUCCUGCAUUCUGUUUAACAAUACCCUGUUGAAGACUUUUUCUGGUAUUGAGAGAAGAGUGAUGCCUGUGUAGUUCUCAUACUUGCUAAGACCGCCUUUCUUUGGUAUUUUGACCAGAAGUCCUUUCCAGUCUGUUGGUACUUGUUCCUCAUCCCAAAUCAUAUUGAAGAGAAUGUGGAGUAUCCUUGCAGUUACCUCUACGUCUGCUUUCGGUGCCUCCACUGGAAUGUUGUCUAGUCCUACUGCUUUGCCGCUCUUGAUUUGUCUGAUUGCCAUGCUGAUCUCUUCAAUUGUUUGUGGGCCAACAUCGAUCGGUAGGUCCGUGGGUGCUGCUUCGAUGUUGGGUGGGUUCAGUGGGGCUGGUUUAUUAAAGAGCUCUUUGAAGUGUUCUGCCAGUCUGUUUCGCUGUUCUUCAACGUUGGUGAUUACUUUACCUUCCUUGCUUUUCACUGGUCGUCCUGGUUUACGAUAAUUUCCAGCGAGUUUCUUUGUUGUAUCAUACAAUUUUCUCAUGUUUCCUUCUCUUGGAGUCUUUUCCGCCAUCAUUGCCAGAUCUUUCACAUAUUUACGUUUGUCGGUACUCAUGCUCCUCUUCAUUUGCUUGUUUACUUCUGUGUAUUCAGCUUGUGCCAUGGUUUUCUCUGCUCCUGUUCGGCUGGUAUUGAUUGCUUCCUUCUUGUUCCUCUUUCCUUGAAUCAUAUCUAGUGUAUCAAUAGUACGAAAUUUACUCGUUUUGUCGCAUUGUGUUUGGAAUAUCGCCUUUAUUUCGAUUACGAAACAAACGUUUGGACACCAGUCAACUUGGUUAAAAAACGGUACGUGGUCAAAGACAUUGAUAGGAAAUAACUUCAUAGUUUACAAGGAGAUUAAUGACGGACAGACGCUCGUCACUCACAAGUACAAAGUUCCACUGUCGUUUGAGGUCUACAAAAGGAAUAACAGGUAAUUCGUAAUCUAUUAAGAAUGUGUCCUAAAUGUUAAGUCCAUGUAAAGUCAAACAUGUUCUCACCACAUACAUUUAAUUAUUCUCGACGUAGCACAUGUAAGUGAGAAAGUAAAUUCAUGUCAAGAGAAAGCUUUAUUAUAAAAUUAGGCUGGACAGAAAAAUGUAUUCUGAGAAUAAAUCCUUUUUUGAAUCUUAGUGUUACUUUUCCUAAUCAGAAUAAUCUGUUUGUAUGUUCUGAACUUUGAUUUGAGCUGUCUAAAAGGGAUAGUCCGUCUGCAUGAAUGCGUAAUUCCAACCAAAGUUUGACAUAUCUUAACAGAUUGGUUUCCAAUCCUAAAUGGUAGUAAACCCCACUGCUGAAAGAUGUUGCAUGCUCUCAGGACACUUUAAGUGCUUUUUAGUAAAUCUGGUACAAAAUCUCGAAACCCAUCAAUAUUAAAACUAUCAUCUCUGAUGGUUUGACUGCUACUUAUCUUCAAUUUCAUCAGGAAUAUAUAUUGAUUUUUUCGUUUCGGUUUAUCGAAAUCUUGGGACACAUGUCAACGUUAUUACUCUCUAAAAUGAAUUGUUGAUUUCACUUCGUUAACGUACCGCUGUUAUCUAAACGCUUUUCAUUGGUGUGGCUAAUGCAUGCCACUAUGGGGUAUGAACUCUCCAAAUUUAUUGUCCUGUUAAACCUAGUUUUGUAAUAAAGCUUUCUCUUGACAUGAAUUUACUUUCUCACUUACAUGUGCUACGUCGAGAAUAAUUAAAUGUAUGUGGUGAGAACAUGUUUGACUUUACAUGGACUUAACAUUUAGGACACAUUCUUAAUAGAUUACGAAUUACCUGUUAUUCCUUUUGUAGACCUCAAACGACAGUGGAACUUUGUACUUGUGAGUGACGAGCGUCUGUCCGUCAUUAAUCUCCUUGUAAACUAUGAAGUUAUUUCCUAUCAAUGUCUUUGACCACGUACCGUUUUUUAACCAAGUUGACUGGUGUCCAAACGUUUGUUUCGUAAUCGAAAUAAAGGUAAGCAUAGAAGGCAAUUGGAGCUAAGUGGAAAGUAGACUACAAGGCGAUAAAACGAGUAAAUUUAGCACUAUUUCCCCAUGAUGGGCGAUAGUAUCGACUUUUCAGUGCGUUUUUCCCUUUAUUUUCUUUCGAACUGUUCCCUUUAUUUUCCGUUUUACGGUCGUUUGUUUAAGCCACGCAGAGUAUUAGGAUCUGUAUUUAUUGAGUUUAGACAGUUAACCCGUAAUUCUAACAUUUUAAUAACUUUCGGAUGUUUUGCACGUAAUUUUAUUCCCCUGAUAGACAUUUCCCUUCAUCAAACAAUUCCGGGUAGACAGGUUUUACCGAUGAAUGGACAACAUGUAAGUUUGUUUGUUUCCUGUGUUGAUUAAAACUUUUGUUUAAGAAUUCAAGAUGAAUUGCAAUUAUUAUAUGAAAUGUUUCCCGGUGAAUUCAAAGUUGACUUUGAUUCAAAUCAAUAUACAGUCACUUUUGUAGUAACUCCUGGAGUAGGAUUUAAUAAUCCCGUAAACAAGUUUAUAAAAUUUAACCUGAACUUGAAUGUUACUUUGAAGUAUCCGAUAGAGUCACCUACAGUCUCUGUAGAAUGUGUUCAUGGUCUGAAAGAAAAGGAUAUUGCAAAAUUAUUAUCCCUUCUAAGAGAUUUAACUUUGGAACGAAACGGCGAUGCAGUUAUUUUUGAUCUUGUGGAUGUACUUUUGUCGUGAAUUUAUUUCAUCCAACAUCCCAACUGUUGAGUGUGCAAUAUGCUUGAAUUGCUUCCAAAAUGAAAGUGAUGUCUAUUGUACAACAAAUUUUCAUUAUUUUCAUACAUACUGUAUUGGUGAGUAUAUGAAUCGUAGACGAGUAGAAUAUGAAGAGGAAAUAAGCGAAUUAAAAGCCAAGGGCCCAUACACUGAAUUUCCACCACUUGAAGUAAGUACACACUCUUUAUUAUGAAAUGAUGUUUUGUUUAUGAGUAAUUAUCUAAACGAUCUCGAGUCACUGACUGGUCGAGAGUUGAAUGCUACCACCGAAUACCAAUACUGAAACAGCCUUUCUGAAACCACGUAUACUAUUCAAGCUGGCUUCUUUCAACAUUCACACAAUAAUGCAGAUCGGACAACAUAUAUGGUUGGCUAUGUCUUUAGAAAGUCUUAAUAUCGACGUCUGUUGUCUAUCCGAGACCCGUAUUCAAGACUCUAGUUAAGUGCUACAAAUUUGCUCUCCAUUUGUCGCUUCGAAAAACUUGUUUUAUGUGAGCUUAUUCGGGGACCUUGUAGCAUCUUCGUUUAGUUUUGUUGGUGUCGUACUAAGAUCUAGAGCUGAGACAACACUAGCUGAUUAGAUCCCCAUUAAAGGUCAGUUAUGUGCUGUUAGAUUAGAAAGUUCCAUAAAAGUAAGAGGAAAUCGGCGUGAGAAACGAUGUCUUUUUGUCGUCGCAUACGCUUCGACAGAUUGCAGCCCGAAUGCGAUCAAGCAUGAGUUUUACCAUCAUUUAACUGUUAUAUAGAAAGUGUGUUCGACAGAUAUUGUAGUACUAGCUGGAGACUUGGAUGCUCACACCGGACGUUUAAACACAGAAAAGAGUCGUUUAGGUGGCCGGUGUGGACUUGUUAGUCGCAGGACAGAUAACGAGGACCGUCUACUGCAGCUGUGCGCAGACCACAACCUGUUUCUGGCUAGCACUAACUACCGGCACAGUAAUCGCCGAUGUGCUACCUGACCUCCUCCCUCUGAAUCUCAAGCCUGGACUCAGAUUGAUCACAUCACGAUCAGCUACAGCUGGCGUGGUUGUGUGCAAGACUGCCGCUCCUUUUAAAGUACCUAUCUGGACUCUGAUCAUGCCGUUGUUUGCGUUAAUCUUACCUUACUUUUCAGUGGCCAAGAAAUUCAUCGCCCUAAACGGAUUGAUGUCAGUAAAUUGGUUGCAGCUUCUGUUGCAACUAAAUAUCAAACCGAGCUAGGUUCAAGGCUAGCUAACAUCCCACCGAAAAGUGUAGAUGGGCAUUGGUUCCAGUUGCAAGACGCCAUGGAAACGGCGAGUAAAGUCUCUUGCGGCUUCGCGAAACGUCUCGCUUAUAAGCAGUGUUUCUUCAGGUUCCUUACAACUCAUCGGGACCCAUCGGUCUACCCUGGGUGACCGUGAGUUUGACCACAAACGAAGGAUGUUGCGUAAUGAAAUUGGACAAAGCUUCUGUAAGGAUCGAGAAGCCUGGUGGUCGGAGCGUGCCUAUGAGUUGGAAGCAGCAACUGCAUCUGUUAACUGCCGGAAGUCCUUUCAACUUAUCCGAGGCACUGGCAACAAGAAAUCUGGUGUGAGCGAGACAAUCUGUGAAGAUGACGGGAUACCAAUCACUAACAACUAUCGAUGUCUUGGACGAUCGGCAGAGUUUUCU